AUGAAUGUAAAGAAUUACAUUGUGACCCAACAGAAAGAGAGGCUUAGUGUAACUUCUGCUGGCGACAGCUCCAAAAAAGACGAUACUGAAGAAGUGUACAGUCCGAGAGAAGAAAAAGAUGCAACGAACAGGACAAUGAUAACUCUUCCUUGUGAUCAAUAUGAAACUUUAAUGCGACAACUUGAGGUCGAAAGGAUCGAACACGCGAAAACGAAGACGAAGUGUGAGGAACUUGCCGACCGUCUGGACUUUGCCCGCGGGCAGAUUGAGAUCCUAGAGAAACAACUUCAGCGCGAAAAAGAUAACUUUCGACAAAUACUGGGCUCAGUUCAAGAAAGUAACCAAGUGGGAGACGAGAGAAAAGGCCAGCUGGAAAUUCGCGUCAGGGAAUUGCAUCAAGAUAACCAACAACUCGCGCAACGUCUACGUUCCAGAGACUCGCAAAUCGAAAAGUUACAACAGGCAUUAGCUAAAGAGAAAUCAUCGCACGAUCAACAAAUCAUCGAUAUGGAAGUACGUAGGUGCCAAGAAGACUACAUUUCCACUUCUUUAGCAAAGACUGGGAGCAGUCGAACCCAGUAUACAAAGAAAGGGUAUCCAUCUGUUAAAAGUUAUAGAAAAACAAAACUAUUAUCUUGA